AUGAUGGAAUGUCCAAAUACGGAUGUAAAUAAAAAUUUAAUAAAUAAUAAUAAGAAAGAAAUCAACGAAAAACGAGAUGAAAUAAAACCUCAUCUCGAUAUGAAACAUGGUUUUAUCAAAAGUAUCAUUAGAAAUCAGAUUGAUAGGGAUGAAUAUCAUAAAAUUAUUAGUGAAAAUAGUUCAUUCCGUAUUCCUAAAGGAAAAAAUAGAAAACCUUCACCUGGUAUUUUGCUUUAUACACCACCGCAUUUACGCGAUUUGAAUAAAUCAUUUGGAUCGAUUAAUUCGGAGGAAUCACAUUUGGACGAUGAAUAUUCGUCAUUACGUAGAAGCAUAAGAAAGAGGCUGUUGGAGAAGUUAAGUAAAGAAAAAGCAAGCGAUUUAAUGGAAAAUGACGAGAAGUGCUCAAACGAUACCAAAAAUUAUUUAAAUAAUAAACCGUUAUUCGUUAUGAAAAUUUUUACAGAUCGGAAAAUACUUUUCGAAAAAAUUAUUCAUUCGAAUGAUAACGCAUCAAGAACUGCUAAAGCGGUUGCCCAAAAACUUGAACUUGAUGAUGCUCAGUGCCGUCUUUUAAGACUUUCCAUUGAGAGUGAACAAGAAAAACGUCAGACUUCUUAA